CACUGGACUCCGCGAGCUAAAUGCAGUGGUUUAAAUGCCCGCCCGCUUUACAUUUUUCUACUUUUAAACUGGUAAACUGCAUUUACUUUUAGCCAGUGUCGAAAUUGCUUUAUUUAACGUCAGUGUUGGAAUAUUACCAUCACGGCUUGAGUCGUUGCCCCAACUCGUGACAGAAUAGCACACAGAGGAAGAUGGAGCAAACAAACUGUCGUCGUGUUUAUGUGGAGAGAACUCUAGCCCUGAUUAAGCCAGACGCUAUUCACAAAACUGAAGAGAUUGAAGAUAUUAUUCUUAAAUCGGGUUUCACUAUUCUACAGAAGCGGAAGCUGCAGUUCAGUCCAGAGCAAUGCAGUGACUUCUAUGCAGACCAGUAUGGAAAGCUUUUCUUUCCCAGUUUGACUGCCUUCAUGAGCUCUGGUCCCACAUUUGCCCUGACUCUGGCCCGGGAUAAUGCCAUUGCCCACUGGAAGUCCAUCAUAGGACCUGCCAGCUGCACCAAGGCCAGAGAAAGUCAUCCAGAAUGCCUCAGAGCAAAGUAUGGCACUUCUGACCUGCGAAAUGCCCUCCAUGGCAGUGAAUCAUUUCGUACAGCUGUGAGGGAGAUCAAAUUCAUAUUUCCAAACUCUGUAAUUGAGCCCUUUCCAACCAGACAAGUAACUGAAGAAUACCUGAGCAGGCAUGUGAACCCAACUCUGUUGCGUGGACUCACCGAACUGUGUAAGCACAAGCCAUUCAACCCCUGUAUUUGGCUCGCUGACUGGCUGAUGAAACACAACCCAAAUAAGCCGCAAGUAUGCGAUGGGGUCAUUGUGGAGGAUGCAGAAUGAAAACACUGAAAUAAAUAAAU